GGUGGGAGGGGAAGGGAUGGUUGGAAAUGCGAGUUUCCUGCCAGGUAGACUCCAGGGUGCCCUCAGCUCUGAUUUUGACAAGAGAGGCCUGUCAGAAAUUGGAGGUUGAAGCAUAAAUUUCUGCACUUCUGGCUGGGAAGACGAAGCAGGUCUUCCAAAAGCUGCGUUGUUUUUUCCCGAGUCCACUCGAAGCAGGAAAGGGCCCGGCACCGAGCAGAAAGCUGCGCAGCCAGGUUCUGGUUAGCUGAGCAGGAGAACUGUCAUAAGGGCUUUUUUGUCUGAAACACCCAAAGUCUAGGGCUUUGGGCCAUGAAGAGCUGGCUGUUGGUCAUUUUUAACAGCCAGAGUGAGAAAUGUCUCAGACAUUCUUAAAAACCAGGCAGCCCUGUUUAGCUCUGGCCUUAUUCACUCUUUUCAUUGACUGGGCUGAAAAGAGGAGACACAAAGAAAAACAGUUUUCUCCCUUUCCCCCAAUUAUAACUAGGGCUUAGUCAAUCUUGGGUCAAAACGGAAAUUUCAAGAUGGAAAGAAAGGUCUUUCCAUCCUUGCUCUUGACCUUAAGAAUAGAAUCUCGAAGAAAUACUUGAGAGAAAAAUUCUUUCCUUCCCUGGAAUGAAAACUGGAGUUCUUGCAAAACUGGACAAGGAGAGGGAAGAAUUAGUUAAUAUCUGGAGCAGUUUGCAGUUAUAGUCAGAUCAUUUUUCAAAUGCUUGAGCUUAUGCAGUAGACUAGAGACGGGAGAGAGAGGUGAGUGCAGGACCUUAGAAAUCACAGAAGCCAAAAGAGCGUUUUCUCCUGAUACAAGUCUGGAGGAACCUGCAUUGACAGGAGGAGCCAAGAACCUCAGAUGAAGCAGAUACCGCAAGGAAAUGUGGAUCAGGCCUCAGAAGCAGAGUGCGACUUCUGUGACCCCCUGAGGACCCAGGUGCCCUUCGUCCCCCCUGGGCUGUGAGAGCAUGAGAAACGCCCACCCCCAGGGUUCCACGCAGGCCCCGGCAGGCAAAAUCGCUGAAUGGCUGAUACUUGACAACAUGCACCACCAGUGGCUUCUGUUGGCCGCAUGCUUUUGGGUGAUUUUCAUGUUCAUGGUGGCCAGCAAGUUCAUCACACUGACCUUUAAAGACCCCGACGCCUACAGCGCCAGGCAGGAGUUCCUGUUCCUGACAGCCAUGCCCGACGCCGGGAGGUCCCCGGGAGAGAAGCGCUUUCCAGAGGAGCUGAAGCCAACUGGGAAGAUGGCGUCAGGCAGCCGGCUUGUCCAGCCCCUGGUCUACGUGCAGCGCCUGGAGCUCAUCAGGAACGUGUGCGGGGAGGAGGCCCUGCGGAACCUCUCACACACCGCGGUCUCCAGGUUUGUCCUGGACCGAAUAUUUGUCUGCGACAAGCACAAGAUCCUCUUCUGCCAGACUCCCAAAGUGGGCAACACCCAGUGGAAGAAAGUCCUCAUCGUGUUGAACGGAGCCUUCCCCUCCAUUGAAGAGAUCCCCGAAAACGUGGUUCACGACCACGAGAAGAAUGGCCUCCCGCGCCUCUCUUCCUUCAGCGACGCGGAAAUUCAGAAGCGCUUGAAAACAUACUUCAAAUUUUUUAUUGUAAGAGAUCCCUUUGAAAGACUGAUUUCUGCGUUUAAGGACAAGUUUGUUCACAACCCCCGCUUUGAGCCUUGGUACAGGCAUGAGAUUGCCCCUGGCAUCAUCAGGAAGUACAGGAGGAACCGGACAGAGACCAGGGGCAUCCAGUUUGAAGACUUUGUGCGCUACCUGGGUGAUCCGAACCACAGGUGGCUGGACCUGCAGUUCGGGGACCACAUCAUUCACUGGGUGACGUAUGUGGAGCUGUGCGCACCCUGCGAGAUCAAGUACAGUGUCAUUGGUCACCACGAGACCCUGGAGGAUGAUGCCCCAUACAUCCUGAGAGAAGCUGGCAUUGACCACCUGGUGUCCUACCCCACCAUCCCCCCGGGCAUCACCGUGUACAACAGAACCAAGGUGGAGCGCUACUUCCUGGGUGUCAGCAAGCGUGACAUCCGGCGCCUGUACGCACGUUUCGAGGGGGACUUCAGGCUCUUUGGGUAUCAGAAGCCAGAUUUUUUGCUGAACUAACAUGUAGGACUGUGAGUUCAAAUAUCUUAGACCAGAGGCUAACCAAGUGGAGAUCUGGGCACAGAAAUGACCCUUCCUCCAUGACACGCCUUCUGAAGACUCUGUGGCUCCCACGGACCCGUGUGCUCCUCGACUGGUGAAGCUGGACCCUGACCGUUACGAUGAGGGCCCUCGCCCCCUAUCCGCACCAGUGCCGUCAGGCAUUUGCUUUCCCCAGAGGGAAAAGGAUCAAACAUCUGCAGUCUAACAGACAGGAGGAAAAAAUCCCACAAAGCCUAGACUCCUCUCUCUCAGACAUACUCGCAGCUCCCUGGAGGCGGGGGCAGGCCUGUGGGCCCCCAGCGGGUUGCAGGAAUGGCAUCCCGCACUCGCAGGAGAGAUGGAGAAGCCGGUGGUCUGCAAAAACCAUGGGGGCCGGUACAGGAUCAAAUCUGAGUCACAACAUUACACCUCUGGCUUUCAUCUUGGCUCCACGGUAAUCACAGAGGCAAAUCAUUCUUUCCACGACUGUUCUGUUCCUGAGAAAUGCAGGGAUGACCCCAGGGCACUUUUCAGGGGAUCUGUCUUUUCAGAAUACACACCAAUGUGCUGCUAGUCCUGAUUUCCAAGCCUCUGCCUGCCACGUGAUCAUCUCAUUCAGCUCGAGAGACAUAUUUUGGAAAGUGAGGGGGUGUAGAGUCUUCCCACCUAAAAAAGGGAACUUCUCCGGGGGUUUUAAGGAGAACGUGGAAGAGGAAGGGCUGGUGGGGAGCUGGAGCUCAGGCUGCGGUGGGCCUGGGUGCCUCCAUCCUGAUGACUGUCCACCUCUUGUCUUUGAUGGUCCCGUGUGGAUGGGCAAGGGGUUUCUCCCCCGCCUCCUCCAGGACCAGGGCUUUCCCAGGGGCCUAAGGCAAGCGCAGGCAACAUGCCAGCAUCGCCAAAUCCGUGCAGUUUACACAUUUCAAUUUCCUUUCAUCUCAGCCAAAUGUGCACCCCUGGACCCAUGUCUGAUGAUGCCAUCGUCCUGGACUGUAAGUUCCAUAAUUAAGUUCACCAGCAAUAAAAUCCUGGGCAGAGGCAGCCCCAGUGAUGCAUCUUCUGGGUGCCGAGGAGCAAGCCAGGGCCAACAGUUCAGAUGCUGUCUGACAGCGAGGCCCUUUGAGAGACGGGACGGUUUCCCUGUGAAGAGUCCCAAGUGCCCAGCCUGCACCGGGCCCGCGAGCCCAGCUUUCCUCCAGGCAGCCGUCUCCUUCCCUUUCUCAGGUCGGCCUCCUGAGUUUGUAAAUGUGAAAGUAAAAUAAAAUAAAAAAUACGUGCCAAACCCGA